AUGUCAAGGUUACCGGAAGAAAUCAUCGAGAAUAUACUCUCAUGGUUACCAGUCAAGUCCAUUGCAAGGUUCAGGUGCGUUUCCAAAUACUGGUGUAAUCAUCUAUUUCAAAACCCUAAGUUUGUAAAUCUCCAUCUUGAACAUGCUCUUCAAUUGAACAAUUAUAAUCUCUUGGUUAGCGACGAGGUACCUAAAGAAACUUAUCUCUAUUCCAUAGAUCAUACUGUGUUAUCUUCACAAUCUACACCAUUUUUAGGUCAAGCUGUGGGGAUUGAUUUUCCAUUUAUGUCUCAAAAAUCAGUUCCGCAAAUUCUUGGUUCCUGUAACGGGUUGAUAUGCAUAGCACCAUAUAGUUUCGGGAAUCUUUGCAUUUGGAACCCAUGUACCAAAGAGUAUAAAGAAGUACCCGAAAUUCCAAUUGAAUUUCCUUCUGUUGCCGCAGAACAACAGGAUUACUUAACUAUGUAUCGGUUUGGGUAUGAUUGCAGAAUUGAGGAUUAUAAGGUGUUAAGAAUUGUGGGGUUUGAUGCAGGUGUAGUUUCUGAAGCUAGGUUAUAUACUUUAGGAUUGAAUACAUGGAGAAGUCUUGGUUUCAUUCCUUUCAAUUUUUCUUUUGGAAAAAAUGCUGGGUACCUUCUUAAUGGUGUUUUGUAUUGGAUUGUUAGUGUUUGUCGUACUGGAAAUGAGUCCUCUGGUGUUAUUGUUUCUUUUGAUAUUUGCAAUGAAACAUUCCAUGAUAUGCCAUUACCUAACAACUACUCAAACAAAGACCGUUCGGUUUCAGAAUUGGGUAUGUGGGAAGGGAAAUUAUGCAUCCUCCGUAUGAAUCACAAGGAACAUCCUAAGAUUUGCAAGCAUCAUGACGAUCAUGUUGAUGUGUGGACAAUGAAUGGUAACACUUGGAGUAAGUUUUUGAACAUUACUGCUCAACUGACAGAUCUCAGUUACAGAAGGCCUUUACAGACUCUCCCGAAUGGCGAUAUCUUACUUGAAGGUAGACCAGAGGAGGGAGAGGGCAUUUGUUUGGUUUCUUAUAACCCAAAGCUGGAAAGAGCUAGAACUUUAAAGAUACAUGGUUUUCCUGAAGACUUUGAGUUGGUAACUUAUAUUGAGACUUUAGUUUCAGUUAACUCUGGUAUUUAUGUUGAGCAGCAACAACAAAGAGGGAGAAUCAGAAGAGGAAACAGACGAAGACCGGUGUUUUGGCACUAA